AUGCCCAUCCACACAGCGGCGAGUCUGAACCUUGUUGCUCGAUGCAGUCAUGACGAAAUAACUUCGAAUGCAGAAAGUCUCUACAGCCCUUCUCGGAACUUGUGUUUGGCAGGUCAUCAGAAACUCCUGGGGCCCCGGCAUGUAAGCGGCAAGACUGGAUGUCAUCUGUGCGCUGAACGAGAAAAAGGCGCUCCUCUGGAACUCGAUCACGUUGCCGUAUCACCAAUUAUCCGCCCCUCGUCUCACCUACAAAACUUUGGCGAGCCGUGGACCGUCACGAUGAUGAUGCCCACACUAUUCCCCGACCUGCGCCGUUCCCUCCGCGCUCCGGUUAGGGCCCCACUGUUUCGGGGCCGGACCUCAGCUCGCUUCAGUUACGCCUCGCCAGGGGCGGGGCAGGGAGGUUUCUGGUCCUCUUUGCACGCCUGA